CCCUCCAUUUCCUUUAUAAAACGAACUCUCCCCACAUCUCACCCUCUACUCUCUCCACCCCCCUCCCAAAAAACCACAAACCACCCCCAAAAAACAUGGAAUUCCUGGACUGGAAGUCCAUCGGCUCGCUCCUCGCCACCUUCAUGUUCCUCCGCACCGCUCUCCGUGACUUCCUCCCUCCUGAAAUCUCCGAACCCCUCAAACGCUUCUUCUUCCGCCUCUUCACCGCUCUCCAGACCAACGUCUCCAUCAUCAUCGACGAAUUCGAUUCCUCCUACGACAACGAGAUUUUCGACUCUGUACAGUGCUACUUGAGCACCAAAUGCUUUUCCUCUGCCAAAAUCCUUAAACUCUCAAAACCCAAGAACUCGAAGAACCUGACUUUCUUGAUGGACUCCAACCAGAAGAUCGAGGAAAUCUUCGAAGGCAUUCGAGUAAAGUGGUCUCUGCAUUCCAUUGAGAAAAAGUCCAAUAAUUAUGGAUAUGUCCGAUCUCAAGAAAGCCGCUUUUUCAAAUUAUCAUUCCACAAGAAGUUUAAGCCUAGGGUACAUUCAGUUUAUCUUCCCCACGUAUUAGAAGAAGCCGCAAAUAUAAAAUUCAAGAACAGGCAGAGGAAGCUCUACACUAACAGAUCGGCGAAGGACUGGGGACGACGGCUGUGGUCGUCAGUACCUUUCUCACAUCCGUCUAAUUUUGAUACCGUGGCGAUCGACCCAGCUCUGAAGGAGGAGAUCAAAACGGAUUUGCUGAAGUUUGUGAGUAGGCAGGAGUAUUAUAACAGGGUGGGGAGAGCUUGGAAGAGAGGGUAUCUUUUGUAUGGCCCACCUGGGACAGGUAAGACUAGCUUGAUCGCUGCAAUUGCAAAUUUUCUGGAGUUUGAUAUCUAUGAUCUGGAGUUAACGGCAGUCACGAGCAAUUCACAGCUGCGGCAGCUGCUGAUUGCGACAUCGAGUAAGUCAGUGAUUGUUGUGGAGGAUGUGGAUUGCUCGCUGGAUCUUUCGGACAGAAAGAAGCGGUCUGGGGAGGAGAAGGAGAAGACCGAUUGCGGACCAGAAGCAGAGGAGAAGGGAGAGAAGGAGAAGAAUGGCGGAGGCACGGCGUUUAGCAUGGUGAGCCUGUCUGGAGUGUUGAAUUUCGUUGAUGGGCUGUGGUCGUGCUGUGGUGGGGAGCGGCUGAUGAUCUUCACGACAAACCACAAGGAGAAUCUGGAUCAGGCGCUGCUGCGAGCAGGCCGUAUGGACAAGCACAUCAACCUUAGUUACUGCGAAUUCGAUGCGUUCAAGAUACUAGCAAGGAAUUACCUGUACAUCGACGAUCAUGAGCUUUUCAGGGAGAUUGAGGAGGUUCUGGUGCCAGCGAAGAUGACACCGGCCGACAUGGCGGAGAUUUUCAUGAGCUGCAAUGACGACACUGAUUUGGGGAUGAGGAAUGUGUUAGAGGAGAUGAAGAGGAGGUUGGCUGCAGAGGAAUGCAAGAAGGAAAUUGAAGGGAUGGAGAAAGAGGUUGUUGUUGAAGACAAGGAACAGAUGGGGAAGGAGAUGGAAGCAGAGGAAGCGGGGAAAGUGCACAAGGAGUAGAUCAUCAAGCACCCAAUCUAUGUACACGUGGCAUACGUGUCUAAGAUCCAGACCAUUCAUCCAUUGCUCCGAAAACCACAGUGAUCGAUCAGAUGAUUCUAACCAUCUAUUGCUAAUUUUGAUUUCACACAUUUGAUGAUAACAGAUGGUUGGUUGGAAUUUUAGUAUACGCCCAUUUGGAAUUCUCAAGAGUGGCCCAAACAAAGAACGGUCUGGAUUGCACACGCGUGUGCCACAUGGAGGAGAUUGUGUGCUUGAUAACUUGAUAAUAUUACAACUGGGUCCUCUUUUAUCUUUUGGGUCUGUUUUUGUUUGCCCCAUUUGUUGCGGUUGGUCUCAUUAGAUUAAUGGUAUAGAUCUGCUAUGAUGAUUUCGUAACUGAA